AUGUUCAUAGUAAUUGUUUUAGCACUAAUCAGCACCGUGGAUUGUGAGGUGCAACAGGUGAUCGCUACCGUUGCAGUGUCAUAUAGAUAUAGCAUGGUUGUUUCUAUCCAGAAGUAUAGCGCCAUUACUGCUAAAUUUACAGGAAAAGCCGCCUUAGGAAAAUGCGUUCAUCCAGAUUCUGGAAAAAAGAUAUCGCAUGGUGGGCGGUUUCAAAUUAGUAGCAGUGGACCUUGUAUAGAAUAUACAUGUCAAAAUGGUGGUUAUUCAGCUACAUCUGUUGCUUGUAGUAAUGAUGAUGGAAGCUGCACGCCAAUUGGCUCCAUCAAACAAAUUUCCAACUGUCUUCAACAACAAUGUAAGACUAGUGGUGGUCAUGUAGGAUUUGCAACCACUAAAGAAGGUUGUAUGGUAAGAUCUAAUGGUCGAAGUUAUGAGUGUGUUCCAGUCGGUCAGUCAGUCACUGAAGAUUGUAUCACUAAGCGAUGUAGUUUAAAUGGUAACACCUAUAGGUUGCAAGUUCAUGAUGCCAAAUGUAAAAUUGGUGGGCAAUGUAAACCAGUGGGAUCGUCAUGGACUGAACAAUGUCUUAAUGUUAAAUGUGAUAAACGUGAUUAUCCUGAUGGAAGUGUUCAGCUGAUACAGACUCGAUCUCCUGCAGGUUGCACUGACACCACGGGUAAAUGUCAUCAGGCUGGUGAAAAGGGAUACAGUACUGUAAAACAUGGUAGAUUGUAUACUGACUGUACCUGUAACUUAGAUGGACAUAAUUAUCGUUCAGUAUGCACCCAGACUACCAAAUAA